AUGGGCAAGACUUCGACCAACUCUCGCUUCAAUCUUCCGGGCCGUUAUGCAUGGGCACUGGCGGAAUUGACCGGGCCCAUCAAUCUGCUAUACAUCCUUCUGACCCUGCCGUCAAAGCUCGAUCCUGCGCCUCACUCGACGACAAGCUUUUUGGGGACAGGCCUACCGGCUCAAUAUGAGAUACUGGCGUGUCUAUAUCUCAUUCACUAUGCAAACCGUGCCGUCGUCGGCCCGCUGUAUCUGGCCCCGAGCAUGUCCCAGAUUCACCCGACUGUGGCCGUAUUCAUGGCUCUCCACCAGUUUGCAAAUUCAAGCAACAUUGCCAGCGGGCUUGUGUAUUCUGCGCUCGGGAGCGACGGCGAACAUGGCUCCAUUAUCUCCUUUACAUCGGUGGUUGGCCUCUUUAUGUUCUUCUCAGGGCUGGCGGGAAACAUCCGGGCCGAAAAUACUCUGUUCGAUCUUCGACGAGGAGCUGCAAAGCGGAAGGCAAGGUCAGAAGGGAGGGUCCAGAUCACUUACGACAAGGUCUACGUCGUUCCUCCACCUGAAGGCCCUUUCAAGUAUGUCUUGUUCCCGCACUAUGUGUAUGAGUGGCUUGAAUGGACAGGAUUCUGGAUCCUUGCAGGCGCGUGGGGUCUAGGAUGGGGAUACCACAGCCCGGCACUGUGGUUUUUGAUAGUCGAGGUGGCCACGAUGCUUCCAAGGGCGGUGGCCGGUCGGCGAUGGUAUGAACAGAAGUUUGGAAAACGGGCAGUGGCCGGCCGCGCAGGCGCAAUUCCUGGACUUGGAUUAUGA